AUGUUGUUGAUGAUGAUGAUCGUUAGCACACCACAAUCUGUUGUUGCCUUUCACCACUCACCAGCAUCCACAAGAACCACGACCAGGAUACCUUUUCCAUCAGCAACAACGAUUCAAAUCAGAUCAGCUCCAAAUUCCCUAGUCACAUUUACUCGCGACCGUGUCCGGUUGACGACCAAAGUAUCGUCUUCGGAUGGAGAAGAAAAGCGGCUUGGUGUUUUCCAAAAAGCCAUUGCCAAAUUCAAGGCUCGACCAGGGACUUACAUGACCAUUCCCAUCAUUGCUGCAAUCGUAGGUUGGUUCACCAAUUACUUGGCGGUCCAGAUGAUCUUUUUUCCCAUUGAAUUUCGUGGGAUCCCCUUGUAUCGACUUCCGGAAGUGCCCUUGGGACUCUUGGGAUGGCAAGGAAUUGUUCCCUGCAAAACCAAGGCCAUGACGGUGGCCAUUGUCGACAUGGUGACUUCUCAAUUAUUGACGGUUCACGAGGCAUUUGCUCGAUUGGAUCCAAACGAAGUGGCAGCCUUGCUUUCCACUCGGGUUGGGUUGUUGGGAGACGAUAUCAUUCAUGAACUCUAUCCCAAAUCCAUUGGAACCUGGCCCGUAUCCUUGUGGAAUCGCAUCCAAACCAAGCAUGCCUCUUUACUGCAAAACUUUAGCAAAGGGUACCUUACCAAAAUGGUGGCGGAUAUGCAACACAACAUUGAUUCCAUCUUUAGUUUGGAAAAUUGUGUCGUCGAACAAAUGGUGCAAGAUCGUGCCAAAUUGGGAGAGUUAUUUCAAAAGGUCGGACAGAAAGAACUAGACUUUUUGACCAACAGUGGAUUGUGGUUUGGAUUUGUACUCGGACUGAUUCAAAUGGGAGUGGCCCUGGUGUGGGAAAAUCCUUGGUCUCUCAGUAUCGGUGGUGGCAUCGUGGGGUUGGCCACCAAUUGGUUGGCCCUCAAAUGGAUCUUUGAACCCAUCAAUCCGACCAAGGUGGGGCCCUUUGUAUUGCAAGGACAAUUCCUACGUCGGCAAAAGGAAGUUUCCGCCGAAUUUUCCAAAUUCUUUGCCACCAAAAUUUUGAACAGUCCCAAAUUGUGGGACAGCAUGCUGCACGAUCCAUCCACGACACCCGCCUUGCACCAACUCUUGUCCAAACAUUUUCGCAAAUUUUGCACCCUUAUUUCGUUUGGACUGUUCAAGGGCAAACCAGAUGCCAAUACGGUCAAUAUGGUCACUCAAACGGCCAUGGACAAGUUGCCCAAUCAUGUCCACGUAUUGCACAAAUACAUUGACAAGACUCUAGGAUUGCAAGAAACCCUGCGCAUCAAAAUGGAAGCCAUGUCGCCGGCUAAAUUUGAACGUGUCCUACAUCCCAUUUUUGAAGAAGAUGAAUUGACGCUCAUCUUGGCGGGUGCCGUUUUAGGCUUUGCGGCAGGAUUGGUCCAACAGGGCAUUGAAACGGGAAAGAUUCAACUCAAGAAUCCAUUGGUCAUGCUCCAGGAUUUGAUACAACGAAUACGAGGACGAGGAAAAGGAAAAGGAGGAGGCAGUGACGAAACGGGAGAAUAA